AUGAUUGCAGUGUACACCAACGUCAUGGUGCCGGCCAUAGACUUGUUCGAGACCUAUGUUGCACCUUUGGCGCAACGAACGCAGAUGUUGGCUGCGUUCAGGCUAGUGUCGCGAGCUGAAUUGGCUGCGAGUGAUGUGUGUCCAAUUUGUCUAGAUGCGUUGACAUCUCUGGCGAGGGUCACUCCCUGCAAUCACGUGUUCCAUGGGAACUGCUUGUUUCGUUGCCUGACGGUGACCAACUUGUGUCCUAUGUGCAAAAGGCCGAAAAAUUGUGAAUCAACCCUGGGUGAUAAGAAGUACGCGCUUGCUUCUCAUUACGAAAAUGUACCUGUGGCUCAAUUCAUUUGUUCUCCUCGCAACUCUGGUAAGUUCGGACGUUUAUAUUUUAUCCUUCGAAACUGGCGAGUAGGAGUUGUACUCGGGGGUGACAUGAUGAGGAAAAGCAUUGUAUUCAUCGAAGAGACACCAGAUGUUUUUUACUGCCCACAAGACAAGCCAACGACCAUUGACACCAUGUUUGUGAAGGCACGACCAUUGGACAAAUUGUGCGAAUUUCAUGGGAAGAGACUUCCGCGGAAAUACAGGAGUGAUUGCUAUAACGAUGUGGAUGAAUCAGAAUUUGCUUGCUUGGAGAAGGAACGAAUCACUAAACGUAUGACUUCUUUUAACGAAACCGGGGAGCUCACCAAUGCCGUCAGACGAUAAGGAUGGUUGUUGGACUGAAGAAGCUGAAUCUGUCCGCACGAAAUUUUCAGCGCGUGUAACUUGUGAUGAAAUUGACUCCGGCAGCUAAUAUUUCGACGGGAUGAACGGAGUUGGAGGGAAUAUGUCGAACCGGGAAUGAGAGGCUUGUAGAAAGUUUAUGCAUGGAUGUUGGAUGGCAGAAAUGAUGACAUUUUAAGUUUGAAUGAUUCAUAUGCGGUCCAUGUGCAACUCAGUGGAGCUUUGGUAAAUUGUUUUGCUCAUGUUUCCAUCUGUGGAUUGCGAUGCGUCCUUGCGAAAAGUCUCAAACCCACUCACUACAAAGGUUGUGAACAAUUGUCGGUGGAAAACGAACAUUCCAGCUUUCGUUAGAUUUACGUGUUGCUCAGAUUUCGGUGAGCAAAUUUGUAAGAAAUGGAAAAUAUAAGAAUAUUUUUUGUAAUCCUUA